AUGCUUUUGGUUCAUGAACGGGUUGAAUAUGGAGAGUCCGCAAAGCUAUUUGAUAAAAUCCUGCCACUGGAAAGGAUCGAAAUCACUGGUCUCGUGAAUAACGCUGUGCAAGCCUGUCACGGAUGCGGCAAACCAGCUGAGGGAAUGUGCCCUGAAUGUUUCCUCUGUAAAAGAGUGACAUUAUCAGAGGUAUCCUACUGUGUAAAUUGUUCGAAUCGUGUGCACUACAAUGCUGGUGAACAAGACCAUGCCAUCCGUUUGUUUUAUCCAAGUGGUCGCCCUGUGAAAAAACCUGCUGUUCAUCGUAUGGUUAGUUUUCCUGUUUGA